GCACGCUAUAAGCGGCCUGCGCUGGAGUCAACGCCCGCCUUACGAAAGCCCCGCAAAGCCUGCGCAAAUCGGUCAGCCUUCGCAACCACGACGACGGCGCCUGUGGACUCUCGGUCUACGGAUCUGAGAGAAACGCUCUCCCGCACAGUCACGGCCGGACGCAUACUUUUUGACGCUGCCGAUAACACAAAGUUUCCAUCGCAGCCGCCACCAGUUCCGCGCUUUCGCAGAUACCCCGCCGAGGCAACUGUCGAGGAGCAAAGAUCUAGAGAGAUGGACGGCAAAAGGCACCUAAACUCUUUCCAGCAGCUGGAGAAGCUGGGUGAGGGAACAUAUGCUACCGUUUUCAAAGGUCGGAAUAGACACACAGGAGAGCUUGUUGCAUUAAAAGAGAUUCACCUGGACUCGGAGGAAGGCACACCAUCAACGGCGAUCCGUGAGAUCUCGCUUAUGAAAGAGCUCAAGCACGAGAACAUAGUCGGCCUUCACGAUGUCAUUCACACCGAGAACAAACUGAUGCUAGUCUUUGAGCACAUGGACGGCGAUUUGAAGAAAUACAUGGACACCAAGGGAGACCGCGGAGCACUGCAACCCAUGGUGAUCAAGUCCUUCAUGUACCAGCUGCUCAAGGGCAUCGAUUUUUGCCACCAGAAUCGCGUACUACACCGCGACCUUAAGCCGCAGAACCUUUUGAUCAACAACAAGGGCGCCCUCAAGCUCGGCGACUUUGGCCUGGCUCGUGCCUUUGGUAUCCCUGUCAACACCUUCUCCAACGAGGUGGUGACGCUCUGGUACCGCGCCCCUGACGUUCUUCUUGGCAGCCGAACCUACAACACCAGUAUAGACAUAUGGUCUGCAGGAUGCAUCAUGGCGGAGAUGUUUACAGGCCGACCUCUAUUUCCGGGCACGACGAACGAGGACCAAAUUGUUCGCAUCUUCCGGAUCAUGGGUACGCCGUCAGAGCGUACGUGGCCGGGCUUCUCGCAGUUCCCCGAGUACAAGAAGACGUUCCACACGUACGCCACUCAGGAUCUCCGCAAUAUUCUCCCACAGAUCGAUGCCACCGGCAUCGACCUUUUGGGAAGGAUGCUGCAGUUGCGUCCCGAGAUGCGCAUCAGUGCACACGACGCACUGAAGCACCCUUGGUUCAACGACAUUCUUAUGCAACAACAUGCCAUGCAGGCCCAGGCCCAGGCUCAUCAAGCAAGGACACAGUCGGGGACUAGCCAGCAGCAGCAAAGUUAUUCUCAACAGCAGGUGCCACAACAGCAGCAGCAGACACAUUCGCAACCACAGCCGUAUGAGAAUUAUUAG